CGAUUUUCCUUCCAACUGCAUCCACAGGCAGCAAUGCGGCAUCCACUCGUUCCCUUCACCAACAUCGUUCGCUCGUGCUUUUUCCACGCCAUGGCUCCUGUUCGCGACCCCCGUCCAAUCGUUAUUUCAGGCCCGUCGGGCGUCGGCAAGGGAACCCUCUACAAGCUGCUCUUCCAGCGACACCCCGACACCUUCACCCUCUCCGUCUCGCAUACGACUCGUAGUCCGCGGCCGGGCGAGAAGGAUGGCGUGGACUACCACUUCGUCACCAAGGAGGCCUUCCUGGAGCUGAAGGCCAAGGACGGUUUCGUCGAAAAUGCGCAAUUCGGCGACAACCUCUACGGCACGUCCAAAGCCACGAUCGAGGAGCAGACGGCCAAGGGUAAGACGGUCGUGCUGGACAUCGAGGUCGAGGGCGUGAAGCAGAUCCAGGCGUCGGGCUUCCCGGCCCGGUACGUCUUCAUCGCCCCGCCGUCCGAGGAAGAGCUGGAGAAACGCCUCCGGGGCCGCGGGACCGAGACGGAGGCCUCGAUCCAGAAGCGGCUAGACCGCGCCAAGGUCGAACUGGAGUACGCCAAGGUUCCCGGCGUGCAUGACAAGAUCAUCGUGAACGAUGAUCUGGAGACGGCGUACAAGGAGCUCGAGGAGUUCGUCUUCGCUGCGCCACCGGCGAGCACGUAGGGGUGCAUCACUCUAUUACUUUUUGAUAACUAGACUGCGAUAGAUUUUCCCUUUUUGGGGAGCGCCAUUUGAUCAAGGAUACCCCUUUUUCCCCUGACCUUCUUGGUUUCCGGCUUGGCUUCGGUGUUGGUGUGCACGCCAUUACACAGAGCUCGCCGUCACUCAACCAGACAUGCCGGUCCACAGCGGACAGCAAAACCAUCCAUUGCUCUAAAACGGAGAAAAUAUCUUACGAAAUAUCGUUACAGACAACAUCACUCUCGCGUCGAUCGGAUUCCCUUGGUUAU